AUGUCUACCUUCGCCAACCAUUCAACCAAUGAGAGCAGCGGGCACAACUGGCGCUGUCACUUCAAGGAGGACAUCAAGUACAUCCUGCUUCCUGUCAGCUACACUCUGGUCUUCGUGAUUGGCCUAGCCCUGAACUUCACGGCCAUGUACGUGAUUCUGUUCCGUACGAAACGCUGGAAGCCCUCCACGGUGUACAUGUUCAACCUGACAGUGUGUGACAUCCUCUACAUCCUCACCCUACCCUUCCUAAUCUACUACUACGCAGACGAGAACGACUGGCCCUUCAGCGAGCCGUUCUGCAAACUCAUCCGCUUCCUGUUCUACGCUAACCUCUAUGGUUCCAUCCUGUUCCUGUGCUGCAUCAGCCUGCACCGCUUUCUGGGCGUGUGUUACCCGAUGAGGUCACUGAGCUGGGUCAGCGCCAGGAGAGCCCGGUUGGUGUCUGUGGUGGUGUGGGCGUGUGUGUUGAUGUGCCAGGCUCCCGUGCUCUACUUCUCACGCAUCAGGAACGAGGGGACGGAGAGGGUGUGUUUCGACACCACCAGUCCAGAGUUAUUUCAUGACUUCCUGGUGUACAGCUUGGUGGUGUCUGUGCUGAUGUUUGCCUUCCCCUUCAUGGUGGUGAUGGUGUGUUAUGGACUGAUGGUGAGGAAGCUUCUGGAACCCACCUUGGGGGCAGGAGGGAUCCAGUCGAGGGGAGCGGGGGGUGGAGCUGCUCAUCGCUCCAAACAGAAGUCUGUGAAGAUGAUCAUCAUCGUGUUAGCGGCGUUCAUGCUGUGUUUCUUACCCUUCCACCUGACCAGAAGCCUGCACUACUCCCUCAAAUACCUGGAGCAGAUGGACUCCUCCCAGGUACAGUACCACAACCACUGGAACACUACGCUUUUUAAAGGCUCUGCCUGGCUCUCCCUUUCACCCAAGGUGCAGGAGCCUGGCUCCAGGUAGCUUCACCAUUCACCCAAGGUGCAGGAGCCUGGCUCCAGGUAGCUUCACCAUUCACCCAAGGUGCAGGAGCCUGGCUCCAGGUAGCUUCACCAUUCACCCAAGGUGCAGGAGCCUGGCUCCAGGUAGCUUCACCAUUCACCCAAGGUGCAGGAGCCUGGCUCCAGGUAGCUUCACCAUUCACCCAAGGUGCAGGAGCCUGGCUCCAGGUAGCUUCACCAUUCACCCAAGGUGCAGGAGCCUGGUUCCAGGUAACUCAGGCACUGCUAUUAUGAUUGUUGAUAUUGUCAUUAUCCUUGACAUUUAAAGGUAAUUUCCAUAUCGAGAGGAUAUCUGCAGCAUUUACCUUGAAUGCGAUCUCCGCGAACGCGGUAACAUUGCCUUUAAAAGGCACAUUGUCAACAGCGUUACAUGGAUUGAAUUGCGGCCUUAACCUUUCAAUAAUUGUUUCUUGUAAUUAUCCCCAGGUGAGCUGUGAGCUGCUGAAGGCGUCCAGUCUGGCCUAUAUGGUGACCCGCCCCCUGGCCAGCGCCAACAGCUGUGUGGAUCCCAUCCUCUACUUCAUGGCUGGGCAGGGUUUCCGUAGUAACCUCUCCAACAAAAGUCAGAGCAUUGCCAAGGAAACCAGGAAGCGUGACGGCAGCCGCUUCGAAGCAGGUCUGACCGUCAGGAGGGUCAAUCUAUGUGCUGAAUAGCUAUGGAACACAGUGUGAACUCCAUUGGAAUGGAUAAAACCCCAUUGGACAAACACACUGGAUGGAUGACUCACUCCUCUAAACUGAAUAUUACUAGCCCAUAUUAUUAGACUGUUUGAAAGAGAAUUCAUGUAAUGUAUAGGCCAAACAAAGUGGGCAUAUUUUAUUGAAUGUUUUACAAUAUAAAUACCAGAUUUCUUACUUGAAAGUGGAAUACAAUAACUCAUUGAUUGAGAUCUGACUUAGCUAAGGAAGCUAAAGGCAGGGAGAAAUACAUUGGUUGAUGCUGACAGUGUAGAGAGAAUAUAUUCUGUAGUAACAUGUUAGUGAUGUUAGUGAUAUUGUAAUCACAAUAAACAGUAAUUAUAUAUUUAGGAGCCACUGAUUGUAGUGUAUCUAACAAACAUAUCUUCAGGAUUACAUACACCACACAC